AGCUAGUUUUAGUUUGACUCGAGAACUGAACGCCUACUGGUCGUGAGAAAUGGCUGUGGUCAUUAUUUUACUGAUCCUCGUGCUGAGUUUCGUGGGAUAUGUGGCUUAUGUGGUUCACAAAAAGGGCAUCGACCCGAAGGACAUCCGCAUACAAAGCCUGCAGGACGCAAAGAAGCUGCUGCAGCCACCACCAAGCGGGAAUGGACCUCACAAAUACCUGGAGAAGAGGGCAUGAGGUCUUGUUUACGGAAACUCACUUUUGGUCGGCGUGCUUGUUGCUCCCAGCGAUGUGUUGGCUCCGAAGAAGGACAUGAUGCGGAAUUCUCAAGGACGAUGAGUUGCCGAUGCAGUGGGGUUGCCUUCCCUAGAGGCCUUGUUAAUAAAUCUCGGUUUAAAUUAAUAAAAAUAGGUCUUAAUUCUAAUAAACGUAAAAUUUUGGCGCUUUUU